GAGCCUCGGCCCCGAGUCGCAUGCGGCGGCGGUCGCUGCGGUGCGCAGCGCCGGCGGUGGGGAGGCGAACACCUCUCUGCGGGUGUGGAGUGUGACGCUGGAUGAUCUCCUCAGCGAUGCGCCGGAAGAGUUCAGCUUGGAGCAUCACACCUGCGCUUUCCUGAAGGUCGACGCCGAAGGAGAUGACCCAGAUGUUCUGCGUGGUGCCUCAGGCUUGCUCCGGAAUCCAAAGCUUCUCGGAGCCAUCGUGGAAGAGCACAGGGAGCUGCUGGAGCUCAAAAACCACGGGGCCCAGGGCGUUGCGGAG